AUGUAUAUCCGGCCGAAACCUGCAAAUCUUGCUACACUUAUCAUCAUAAUAUUUUUCUUCUACCUGGGAUAUCUGAUUUGGGAAAAAGAAGAGCAUUUUCCGGAUGUUGUUAUUGAGCUCCAUGAUUUACUAAGCUAUGUGCUUCUAGCUACAGAACUAGGUGGUCGUGCUAUCCUAGAUGUUAGUGAUGGGGGAAAGUUAAAUGCUUUUAAAAAAGCUGAGACGGAUGUUGGUAAACCGGAACUUUUGACGAGAGCUGAUUUGCUGUCAAAUCAACUUAUAAUCAAUGUCCUGAAAAGAUAUCCAGGUUUAAGGAUCAUUUCUGAAGAAAAAGAAGAAAAGCUGAAUGCACUGGAUUAUGAAAAAUAUAUGUCACAGCAGCAGGAACUUUAUGAUGAUGUGAAAACUAUUGUUGAUUUAUUUCCAUCAAGAAAAUAUUUGUUAUCAAAGUUAACUGUUUGGGUUGAUCCAUUGGAUGCAACGCAAGAGUUUGCAGAAGGUCUGUUUGAAUAUGUUUCUGUAAUGCUUUGCAUAGCAUUGGAUGGCAUACCUAUCUUUGGUGUCAUCUAUAGACCGUUCACUGGUGAAAAGGUUUAUGGUUUAAAUGAAUUUGGGGUCGUGAAAGGAAAUGGUGAUAAAUGGGAUCGUAUGAUUUCGAAGAACAAUUCAAAAUUGAUAAUGGUUUCCAGAUCACAUGCCGGUAAUGUAAGAGACGUGGCACUGAAUGCCUUCUUUUCCAAAUUUAAUGUUGAAGCAGCUGGUGGUUCUGGUUACAAAUCGCUGAGGUUGUUGAAUGGCACUGGUGAGCUGUAUAUACACAAGACUGCCAUUAAAAAGUGGGAUACCUGUGCCGGUGAUGCUUUGCUUCGAUCGAUUGGCGGUUUAAUGCUUGAUUUCAAUGGUGAUAUGUUGAGUUACGAUCCAAAUGAUGAUUAUGUCUUACGAAAUGGUUUAAUAGCUGCUGCACAGUAUCCUUUCACUUAUUAUCAACAGUUGCGACAACAUUUGAACAGCACUUCGAUUAAAGAAUAG